UGCGUCCCAUAUGGCUUCAUUGGGUGCUGCGAGUAGUGAACAAUGGAUUGCAAAGAUAUAAAAGAAGUGCUCAGAUCCUGUUCAAACUCUCAUCCACAACACACCAGAAAACCACUCCGACAACACCCUCCACUCAACCUGCAACCACCCCAGCUCUUCAAACUCCCCACCAACACCAACAAGCACCUCUCGAAGGUUCGAACAACUCAAUCCCAGCAACAUGCCUUCCAAAUGGGAGGCUGUCGAAAAGUUCGCGACGAAGACCAAGCCGCUCAAGGAGAUCGGCGGCAACCUGGGCCCCAUCGCCGCAGUAGGCACCCCAGUCGUCCAAGGACUCUACAAGCUCCACAAGUCGAGAUCUGAGAAGAAGCUGGCCGAGAAAGCUGCUCAAGAUGCUGCUCGGGCGUCCAAUGAAGCAAAAACGCAGCAGCGACUCACCGAGGAGGCCAUCCGCCUACUCGAAAAGAAGCAAGGUGGCUCCUCCCGUCGUCAUGGUCACUCCUCACGCAGCUCCUCCUCCUACUCUGGCAGCAGCGGUGGCCACAGCAGCAGGAGCGGCUACAGCAGCAACAGUGGCUAUAGUAGUAGCAGUGGUCACAGCAGCGGCAGUGGUCAUAGUAGCAGCAGUGGUAGUAGCUGGCGCGCACGCUAGGAGGAUGUAUGGAGAAGCAGUAGCGAGCAUGACUUCACAAUGCCGAGAGGCGAUUGUUAACGGCCGAUCAAUUGGGUAACGAACGUAGCAUGACGGGCAUGCACGGUCAGGUUAGUGUAUCCUGAAUAGCAGGCAAUGCAAUCAAUGGAGGAAACGCACAUUCACUGAGAGCUAGGCUCGGGUAGUUG